GGGUUUAAGUGGUUCUUGUGCAAAACAGUUUUUCUACCCCUGGCAACCCUGCUGAUUUACAGCUGUAACAGCUCUUGAGCGGGCUAGUUCUCCACCCGUUAUUAUGGCGACAACGUCAGGGGGACCCAACAUCGGGACUCCCGGGACCAGCCAGAGUCCACACACCACCACGGCACAGCGGAAAAAAGACGGGAAUCCGUCCGCGAGGUACUGGGAGAGCCACGACUCCCUGGUUCAGCUCGAGACGGUGCGACAGUGGAUCGGAAAGCACUACAAAAAGUAUGUGCAGGCAGAUUCUCCAUCCUGCCAGGCUCUAGCCUCCCUCACCCUUCAGAUGCUUCAGUUCCAGGAGGAAGUGUUCGGCAGACGGGCUGAAAUCCGCACACACACCAAACUACCUUCUCAGUGCUUUCUGGACCUGCGCCCAGGAGGCGGGCUUUGCCACAUCCUUGGCACUGCAUACAAGUUCAAGACUGAUCAGGGCUGGAGAAGGUUUGACCUACAGAACUCCUCCAGGACGGACCGAAACGUAGAGAUGUUUACUACUCUGGAGAAGACCCUGGUCCAGAAUAGCUGUCUGUCGAGGCCUGUCGUGUAUGUGGACCAGGAGGUGGAUCAGAACCUGAACAGCAGACUGGCUGACAUCAUCACCAAACACCAGGGUUCGUUGACUGAGGACAGAACCCAAGCCUCUCACCACAUCUACCCCCGUCCAGCUGUCACAGACCAAGAUUGGGAGUGGGUGCGCCCUGUUAUGCGGAAGGACAACUAUGUGUUGGUGCACUGGGGCAGGCACCCUGACAGCUACGAUAGCUGGCUGUCCACCAGUGAAGUAGAGGGAGAGGUGCAGGAACCUCCACACACACACAGACCUUGGAGGGUGCAUGCAGGCUGGGUGUUGGAUACGGAGGUGUAUAAUGAGUGGAUGAAUGAAGAAGACUACCUGGUAGAUGACAGAAACGUUCCUCUCAUCCUCCGCCGGAGAGUCCACGUCACAGACCAACAGGACCGUAAGUUUACUCCACUGAAGAAGAGAAGACGCUCCCCCUCUCCUCCCUCUUCCGAUGGCAAAAAGAAAGGAGGAAAGAAGAGUGGCGGGUUUAAGAGGCGUGGGCCAAAGGAGGAAGAGGAAGACGUAGAGGAGGAUCUGACUAAAGAUAUGGAGGAUCCAACACCUGUCCCUAAUAUGGAAGAAAUUAUACUGCCUAAGAAUGUGAACCCAAAGAAGGACAGUGAGAACACUCCUGUCAAAGGAGGGAUGAUGACCGACCUGGAUGAAAUUGAGGAUGACUCUCUGCUUCCUGGUGGAAGGGAGGAUGAGGAGGGCAGAGAGGGGCUGCGUCUGUCAGAUGGAGAAGACAACAUCACAGAACAAACUCACCACAUCAUCGUCCCAUCCUACACCGCCUGGUUCAACUAUAACUGUAUUCACCAGAUCGAGAAACGAGCUCUUCCAGAGUUCUUUAACGGACAGAACAAGUCCAAAUCUCCAGAGAUAUACCUGGCAUAUCGUAACUUCAUGAUUGACUCGUACCGGCUGAACCCCCAGGAGUACCUCAGCUCCACCUCCUGCAGACGGAACCUGACAGGAGACGUCUGCGCCGUCAUGAGGGUCCAUGCGUUGUUGGAGCAGUGGGGGUUAGUGAACUACCAGGUGGAUGCAGAAAGCAGACCUCUCCCUAUGGGACCCCCUCCCACCCCUCACUUCAACACACUGGCUGAUACACCCUCAGGACUUGCCCCGCUGCAGCACAGACCACUACAGGUGUCGUCCUCCCAGCAGAUGUUGUUCUUCCCUGAGAGAAGUGUAGAGAAGCCCUCAGACUCUCAGAACUUUGGCCUCAGAACAGACCUGUAUGCCAGGAAACACCCCAAGAGUAAAGGAGCCAGUUCAGGGAGGGAUUGGACAGAACAGGAGACCCUCCUACUGUUGGAGGCGUUAGAGGUCUAUAGAGACGACUGGAACAAGGUGUCAGAACACGUGGGGUCUCGUACCCAGGACGAGUGCAUCCUCCACUUCCUGCGCCUGCCAAUAGAAGACCCGUAUCUGGAGGACUCCGCCUCCUCUCUUGGCCCAUUGGCCUACCAGCCCGUUCCUUUCAGCCAAUCAGAGAAUCCGGUGAUGAGCACUGUGGCGUUCUUGGCGUCGGUGGUUGAUCCCCGAGUUGCCUCCGCCGCCGCCAAGGCUGCUUUGGAGGAGUUUUGUCGUGUGCGUGAGGAAGCUGACAAGGUUCUGGAGUUCCCUGCACUCAAUGAGGCUGAGAAGGCAGAUGUGAUGGAUGGUGAGAAGAUGGAGACUGACUCUGGCUCCCAGCAGUCUCUGCAGGCGGAUAGACAGACUGUUCUAGAGCCCAGUGGAGGAGAGAGAUUAGUGGAGGGAGAACGAGUUAAGAGAGAGAAUGCUGAAAUGACAGUCACAGAGGAGAGAGACUGCGAUAGCGGAGGGAACCGCGAGUCAGACCGAGGGGAGAAGGAGGAGAUUGCAGGACGAUGGAGGGAAGUAGAGCAGGAUGAAGGGAGGAGACUAGCAGAGCUGGAGUUGGUAGAUGGGACCGUUACCACGGCAGCAGCUGCUGCUCUAGGCGCCGCUGCUACUAAGGCCAAGCACCUAGCAGCAGUAGAGGAGAGGAAGAUCAAGUCUCUGGUGGCUCUGCUGGUGGAGACUCAGAUGAAGAAGCUGGAGAUCAAACUGAGACACUUUGAGGAGCUGGAGACCAUCAUGGACCGAGAGAAAGAGGCUUUGGAGCAACAGCGUCAGCAGCUGUUGUCAGAGCGACAGAGUUUCCACUCUGAGCAGCUGAAACAUGCAGAGAUGAAGAUUCUACAGCAGAGAGAGCAGCAAGCACCAUACACUCCACAACAACACACAGGCCAGUCCAUGCCCAGCCAGAUGAUGCCUACUGGGGGAAACUCUCUCACCAUGGCCCCCCGACACCCUGGAGCUCCAAACGGCAUGUACCAGAGAAUCUUGUUUCUCAUGGUCUGAGAGUCCUUUAGGUGCCUUUUGGCAAACUCCAAGCGGGCUGUUAUGUGACUUUUACUGAGGAGUUGCUACCGUAAGGCCACUCUACCAUCAAGGCCUGAUUGGUGGAGUGCUGCAGAGAUUGUUGUCCUUCUGGAAUGUUCUGCCAUCUCCACAGAGGAUCUCUGGAGCUCUGUCAGUGACCAUCGGGUUCUUGGUCACCUCCCUGACCAAGGCCCUUCUCCCCCGAUUGCUCAGCUUGGCCGUGUGGCCAGCUCUAGGAAGAGUCUUGGUGGUUUCAAACUUCUUCCAGUUAAGAAUGAUUGAGGUCACUGUGUUCUUGGGGACAUACAAUGCUGCACAAAUGUUUUUGUACCCUUCCCCAGAUAUUUAUCGACACAAUCCUGUCUCGGAGCUCUAUGGACAAUUCCUUCAACCUCAUGGCUUUGACAUGCACUGUUAACUGUCAGGAUGUUAUAUAGACAGCUGUGUGCCUUUCCAAAUAAUGUCCAAACAAUUCAAUAUACCACAGGUGAACUUCAAUCAAUUUGUAAAAACAUCUCGGGGAUGGUCAAUGGAAACAGAAUGCACCUGAGCUCAAUUUCGAGUCUCAGAGCAAAGGUUCGGGAAUACUCAAAUCAAAUAAAAUUUGAUUUGUUACGUGUGCCGAAUACAACAGUGAAAUGCUUACUUACAGGCUCUAACCAAUGGUGUGGGGGAAAAAAGGUGUGUGUGUGUGUGGGUAAGUAAAGAAAUAAAACAACAGUAAAAAGACAUUUUGAAAAAAGAGUAGAAAAGCUAUAUACAGACACCUAUUAGUCAGGCUUAUUGAGGUAGUAUGUACAUGUAGAUAUGGUUAAAGUGACUAUACAUAUAUGAUGAACAGAGAGUAGCAGUAGCGUAAAGAGGGGUUGGCGGGUGGUGGGACACAAUGCAGAUAGCCCAGUUAGCCAAUGUGCGGGAGCACUGGUUGGUCCGGCCAAUUUAGGUAGUAUGUACAUGAAUGUAUAGUUAAAGUGACUGCAUAUAUGAUGAACAGAGAGUAGCAGCAGCAUAAAAGAGGGGUUGGGGGGGGGGCACACAAUGCAAAUAGUCCGAGUAGCCGUUUGGUUACCUGUUCAGGAGUCUUAUGGCUUGGGGGUAAAACUGAUGAGAAGCCUUUUUGUCCUAGACUUGGCACUCCGGUACCGCUUGCCAUGCGGUAGUAGAGAGAACAGUCUAUGACUGGGGUGGCUGGGGUCUUUGACAAAUUCUAGGGCCUUCAGCUGACACCGCCUGGUGUAGAGGUCCUGGAUGGCAGGCAGCUUUGCUCGAGUGAUGUACUGGGCUGUACGCACUACCCUCUAGAGUGCCUUGUGGUUGGAGGCCGAGCAAUUGCCGUACCAGGCAGUGAUGCAACCAAUGCUCUCAAUGUUGUAGCUGUAGAACAUUUUGAGGAUCGCAGGACCCAUGCCAAAGCUUUUUAGUUUCCUGAGGGGUGAGUGGCUUUGUCUUGGUGUGUUUGGACUUAUUUACAUGAGGUAUUUCUGUGUUUUAUUUGUUUUUAAAAAUUGCUACAAUUUCUAAAAACCUGUUUUUGCUUUGUCAUUAUGGGAUAUUGUUUGAAAAAAGUGUUUUUAAUCGAUUUUUAGAAUAAAGGCUGUAACGCAACACAAUGUGGAAAGGGGACGGGGUCUGGAUACUUUCCGAAUGCUCUGUAUGUUGACGGAAGUUGACGUUUGGGGAGGUGUAUCUGCCACAGCCAAAAGUUGGUCAUUGUUGUUUUCCAACAGGAAGCCCCAAAUCAACAUAGCUGCCAUUGUUUUAUUAAAGUUUCUUAUUAAUAAGAUCAAAAUAAACUUGUCUCUACUACCUGUA